AUGUGGCAACACCGUGAAGAUCCUGAGGCUAAUGUAUUGGUGGACGCCUACGUUGCUAAGCACUACUAUUAUAUCUUAAUAAUAUCCGGGCUCUAUCCCAAGAUGGACAAAAGAAACCGCAUUUUGAGCACUUUCCAGUUGAUGAUGUACGUUAUUAUACUGGUCCACCAAAUGGUGAUCAUUUUAAAAUCUACAAUCACCAUUUAUGGAUUCAGCAUGGUCCUCUUUAGCCAGAACGUCCACUUGUGGCUCCUAAUGCAAGUCGCUCUAAUCGUACUAGCAAGCUGCGUAUGGAAGAAUUUAAGCAUGUUCCUCGUCCACAGGUUGUUAGCAAACGAUUUCUAUGAUUACCAAGAACCAGCUGCCAAUGGGGAGGAUAUCUUACGUUCCAAAAUGAAGACGGAGCGUCGUCGAUUAGCUCUCAUUCCGAUCGGCGUGGCCGUAGCUGCGGGAGUCGUCCUAAUUGUUACACCGAUCGUCGACUUAAGAGUAGGAUCGUUCGAUUUCAACAGCACCGCUCACAUUUUCGACUACCACUUUCCUCUCCCUUAUACCAAGUACCCAUAUUACGUGGAAGACGGUUUUGGUUUCUGCUUCGCAUUUUUUGGACAAGUUGCAUGUGGAUUGCUAAUGUCAGCUAUUAUCGCCGGUGGGGGUUUUCUUUUUAUUAACAUGUCGGAGAACGUAUGCCUUCAACUGAUGAUCUUAAACAACUCUUUGGACAACAUCGAAAGCAGAAUAGAACAUCUCUACUCGAAACUAUUCGGAAAAAUGGAUGAAGACCGUAUGGAUUCGCUUCGACAUGACAACCGUUACGCUUAUUGCUUCACUAAGUGCCUGAGAAAGAAUUUCGAGCACCACCAAGUUAUACUGAAGGCUUUCCACCUCCUCGAAGAUAUUUCUUCUCUGCCAGUAGGCAGUUCUUAUAUGACUGGCACUAUUGUUAUAGCUCUUAGUUUAAUAUCAGCUGGAUCGAAUACUGAACUUAGAUCCAAGAUCUACAAUACAAGGUGGUACAUGUGCAGCAAAGAAGUCAAACGCACUUUGAUGAUUUUCCAAGAGAAGACUUUAAAACCAAUGAUCAUGACAGCGGGAAAAGUCGUCCCAGCCAAUAUGGAGACAUUCACUACGGUAGGUGGGACAGGAAACUGACAUAUUGUUUUUUAACUAAUUCAGCAAUUUAGGCUGGAGAGUACCAAUUGUUUUUAUUAUAUAUGUAUAUAUUGUAUCACCUUGACGUGUCAUGAUAAUAUGUUCACUCAUUUUUUCAGGUGAUGAAUGCUGCCUAUUCUUAUUAUAACUUAGUAAAUGCAUUUGGCAAAAAAUAAAUUAUAUUUAUGAUGUAGUCAUUGCACCAUUAAAAAUAUUAUUAUUGCAACAUAUUGUGUUUCUUUUCCUCGCCCCUUACGCAUUAAUAUCUAUUCCAUUUAUUUAUUAUUGAAUGCCUACUGAAUUAUUUUUGUAAUGAAUUAUUAUUUAUCUUUGCUUCUACCCCGAAGGAUCACUGACAUUUCUUCUAUUUGUAUUCUCGGUGAUAAAACAUGAUUCGUUUUAAGUAUUGCAUUAGGGAUUUCAAUGCAGUUUCUGAGUCUUUCAUUAUUUAUCUUACGAAUCACUCAAGCUUAGAAUUUUUCUUGUGCGCGAAUACCGUUGGCACUCAACCAGUAAACGGGUGAUUGUCCUAGGGGCGCCGCAGUCAACACAGGUAGGGGAUUCAAAACCGCGGAGUAGAUAUCCACGGGAGUAUUCGAGAUGGCCGAUCCUGAGGUAGCCCAUUAUUAUUUCUUCUUACCUUAAUCCUCUGCAGCUAGUGGUCUAUUUUGAUUUGUUUUCUUUUUCCUGGAUUAAUUUCUGCUGGUAGCUCCUCCAGGUCUCGUUCCACUGUGUCACCAGCAUGAAUUUGAACUUCAUUACCCAAUCUUUCCGGGGGGGACAGUAUUGGGUUCUUAGUUGGCUUCUGUCACCUAUUCGAGCUGUCCACGAGGUAAUAGCUACUCUUUCGAGCAGAUAAAUAAUGAAACUAAAUAAAAAAAAAUAAACUCUGUUAAAGAUAUUCUUGGCUAGACAUCCGAACGAAAUCCUAAUGAUUACCCACAUGUUUGGAUCGAAACCUCGGUUAACCCAAUAAAGGGUCUUGUUUAGAUUAGGUCCGUC